AUGUUCAAGCUGUUCAUCUUCGCGUGCUUCCUGGCCCUAGCUGCCGCCAAGCCUGGAGUAGUCCCCGUAGCGUACACCGCAGCAGCCUAUUCAGCUCCAUUGGUAGCAGCAUCUUACCCAGCCCCUCUAGCGUACUCAGCAUACAGUGCACCCUUUUCAUACUCCGCUUACUCUGCAUACCCAUACGCCGCACCAUACUCUGCAUACUACCUCAGACGUUAA